AUGGCUCCGCGUGACGACGACGAAUUUGUCGAUGUGGAAUUUGAAAAGGUGGUAUCUCCUUCCGAUACUGGUGGGACUGGUGAUAGUACGAAUGCUGGCAUUCCGGAUGAUUUGUUCAAGAAUGUCGUCGAAGAAAUGGGGGGAAAUGGGGGUGCUGCUGGUACUGGUGAAUUCAAAGUCGAAGACAUGGGCACGCAAACCUUUUCCAAUUUUGACUUUUCGCAACUGGAAGGAUUUGAUGGCAGGGAUCGGGAACGUCCUUCCAUUCCAAAAGAAAUCCUUGAAGCUAUGGAACGGGAAGCCAUGGAACGUGACGCCAUGGAAGUGGACAGCGAAGAAGUUUCAGAGCCCGUCGCGUCCAAGGACAAGACAACAACAGCAGAACAACAAGAAAGGUACUUGGAACCUCCCAAGACAUUGAUGGACUGGUCCUUGGAUUCAGGAGAUCCUCGUUGGAAGGAAACUCGAAUCCCCUGGUGUCGUGGUAUGGAGUACAUUGAUGGAAAGUUGGCCUUUUUGACCGAAAUUGAUGGUGAAACCUAUGGAAUUGGUAUGCCCUUUGAUCAUGCGGUGGCCAUUAUCCAACUGACCCCCAAGGAGGAGGGCAAGACUCUCGAGGAUGACAAAGGUGCGAGCGUGCGGUAUAUCAAUCCCGACAAGUACGAAGAGGAAGAGGAUUCUCAAGAAUUGAUGGAAAUCAUGGCCAAAGAAGUCCAAGAGAAGUUGGGGGAAGAUUUGAUUCUGCGCAAGACACCAAAGGUCUUGACCAUCUCUGGAGAUCUAGGCAAAUACACUGACAACUGGGAAAUGAAUUUGAUGGACGAACCUACACCAGUCAAGGACUUGAUGGAUGGGAUGGACGACUUUGUCAAUAGCGUCUUUCGGGAGGAAAAGAAAACAGGCGAUACAGUAGAUGAAUUCGAUAUUGCAGAAGACAAGGAAAUGGCCGAGUUCUUGUCGUUCAUGCGCAGUGAGUUGGGAGACGAAGAAUUUGAAAAAACCAUGAACGAAGAAAUGUCGGAAGAAGAUAAGGAGCUGGCCAAACUGUUUAACUUUGAGCUCGACGAGACGGACUUUGCUGAGAACCUGGAAGAGGAGACGAAAAAUCUUAAGGAGGAGGCCCUCUCUUUUCAUCCAGAUAGCGAUGGUGUAGCUCUCAAAUUGAUUGGCUUUGAAUUCGGUGAUCGCAGCAAAUCGUUUCAAUUGGUGAAACUGUUGCAACCCUUUCCACUGGUGGGAAAGAAAAUUCAAGAGUCGGUAGAAAGUGGCUUUCGAUUUGAAUUGUUAACGCCACAAGAAGAAGAAGUUCUCAUCCCUAAAUUGCAGGCAGCCUGUCAAGAAGACUUGAAGAAAGCAGGUUUGUCACUCGAGAAGGACGACAUUCAAGCGACUACAACGACAAAAUCGCCUUAA